AUGAACAAAUCCCGCCGCAUCGGGGAGACCAUGUUCGCCAUUCACAGAGAGAGAAUCAUGAGGCGGAAUGAAGAGAGGAUCAUUAUGCGAGACAAAAACAAGAUUUUGAUGCGAGAUAAUCAUGAGAGCCCAUCUCAGAAUAAGCGUGCCUGGAUCUGUGAAAACACCCAGAACGAGGACAGCAUGGUUGCUUCCCUGGAAACUUUGAAUGACGCCAAGAAACACCUUUGUCGCCAGAAAACCUUCAUUGACGCUCUUUCUGUUGACAGGCCUGUUCUCUGCAAGAAGCGAAAGACCGAUCGUGUCGCCAAUGACGAUAAAUCAGAGGUUCAGCAAAUUGACGUUAUCGAUCUCUCUUUGGAUUCUGAAGAUACAGGAGGCAAAUUUCCUACACGAGACACAAAACAUGGCUGGGGUGGGCAGGGCAGCUGGACAGAAAGAUCUGACAAUCGGGACAAAGAGUCUCGUGCAGAAAGACUUCCUGCAUGGGGUACAGAGGCCUACCAAAAUGCAGGCAAAAGACACCAUGUCCGUCAUCUUUCCCACAGGGAAAAUCCUCGCACUAGUCCUCAGUGGCAGCGGCGCCAGGAAUAUGGCUUGGGACUGCCUUCAGCUGGUAAUAACAGCCAGCUGUUCACCAGCUUCAUGGGAAACACUUCUCUGGGUGUUCAGAACCGGCUUGGUCGCCAGUUCGCUCGCUCCGUGAGCCAGCAGAACGAGAAGAAUAUGAGCCAAGCUUGGGGAAACUGA